CCAGCGGAAGCACUAACGGCGUUCUGCGAACGCUGCAUCGCCCUUCUCAGCUUGAACCUUCUUGGUUAAAUACAAACAUGAAGACUUUAAUAUCGCUCAAAACAUCAUUUAUUUCUUUUAUUAUAGCAUUUGUGUGCAUUAAGAUCGCCUGGUGCAACAAUGGCCGGAGGGUUAGCGACGUCCAAGAUGCGGAAUUCGGUGAUUUCUCCGUGCCACUAGAACAUUCUUUUGAAGUUGAUGACGUAGGCAGGUUCCGGGUGCGUGGAGCGCUGCUGCUGAAAGCCGGCAGGGAAUCUGGAGUGUCCCUGAGUCAGAACCACCUGACGCAGGACGACAGAAUCAAGCUCAAAGAGGUGGCAUCAGUGGAUGGUUUGUACCGAAUCCGAGUGCCUCGGGUUUCGCUGCAGGCUGACAGACAGAUGGAGCGACAUAUGGAAGGAUACCUCACCGCUUUUGUCAGAGCUUGCGCGAUGGUGGAGUCCCACCUGAGCGACGUGAUCACCUUGCACACGGACUUGUCAGGCACGCUGAUUGGCAUUUCCAUCGUCACACUGCCCGGCGCCUGCACGGGGACGGACGUGGAGGACGAGGUGGACCUGGAGCUCUUCAACACUACGCUCAGUGUCAUGGCCCCCGUCAACGCGCCCGGGCCCGAGACGGCUCUGUUCCUGGAGCGCAUGGAGCAGGAGUCAGAGAAGAAAGGCAAGAAUCCCCAGGAGCAGAAGUCUUUCUUCGCCAAAUACUGGUAUUUGAUACUGGGAGGCGCCAUCUUCCUCAUGGCCUCCAAUUCGGCGCAGCCCCCAGCAGGGGGAGGCAGAGAGCAGAGUUGAAAACUCAACCCCCUCAGACUCACUCACUGGAAUGGAUGUACAUCGUGCCCCUGGUUCUCUUCCUGAUGAUGUCAGGGGCUCAGGACCAGUCAGGGGGCGGUGCCGGUGGUGGCGGAGCGGCCAACGGCGGCGGCCGAUGAUUCUUUUUUUUUGUGUUUUCAAAUUCUCGUGAGCUGCUGUACAUGCGCAUUUAAUGUGAUUUUUUCAUUUUUAUGUUUGUAAUGCGACUGUGAAGAACAUAAUAAAAGUAUUUAUGAGCCCA